AUGAACGCGCAGCUGGACGGCCUGUCGGUGAGCUCGUCGUCCACCGGCUCGCUGGGCUCGGCGGCCGGGGCGGGCGGCGGUGGGGGCGCGGGGCUGCGGCUGCUGUCUGCCAACGUGCGCCAGCUGCACCAGGCGCUGACCGCGCUGCUGAGCGAGGCAGAGCGGGAGCAGUUCACGCACUGUCUGAACGCGUACCACGCGCGCCGCAACGUCUUCGACCUGGUGCGCACCCUGCGCGUCCUGCUGGACAGCCCGGUCAAGCGGCGCCUGCUGCCCAUGCUGCGGCUGGUCAUCCCGCGCUCCGACCAGCUGCUCUUCGACCAGUACACGGCCGAGGGCCUCUACCUGCCCGCCACCACUCCCUACAGGCAGCCCGCCUGGGGCGGCCCCGACGGCGCGGGGCCAGGGGAGGUACGUCUGGUGAGCCUGCGGCGUGCCAAGGCUCACGAGGGCUUGGGUUUCAGCAUCCGCGGCGGCUCGGAGCACGGCGUGGGCAUCUACGUGUCGCUGGUGGAGCCUGGCUCCCUAGCCGAGAAGGAAGGGCUGCGGGUUGGGGACCAGAUUCUGCGCGUCAACGACAAAUCCCUGGCCCGGGUGACCCACGCGGAGGCCGUCAAGGCUCUGAAGGGCUCCAAGAAGCUGGUGCUGUCCGUGUACUCGGCAGGGCGCAUCCCUGGGGGCUAUGUCACCAACCACAUCUACACCUGGGUGGACCCGCAAGGCCGCAGCAUCUCCCCACCCUUGGACCUGCCCCAGCCCCACAGCAGUGCCCUGAGGCAGCAUGAGGGCGAGCGGAGGAGCACCCUGCACCUCCUGCAAGGCGGGGAUGAGAAGAAGGUGAACCUGGUGCUGGGGGACGGCAGGUCCCUGGGCCUCACGAUCCGCGGAGGAGCUGAGUACGGCCUCGGCAUUUACAUCACUGGUGUGGACCCAGGCUCUGAAGCAGAAAGUGGCGGGCUCAAGGUUGGGGACCAGAUUCUGGAGGCGAAUGGGAGGAGCUUUCUCAACAUCCUGCACGAUGAGGCGGUCAAGCUGCUCAAGUCGUCUCGGCACCUCAUCCUCACCGUGAAGGCCGUCGGGAGGCUGCCCCACGCCCGCACCACCGUGGACGAGACGAAGUGGAUUGCCAGCUCCCGGAUUGGGGAGACCGCCACGAACUCUGCAGGGUCUGGCCGCAGGUUUCCUGAAGAUCUCACAACAGAAGAGACUAACAAGCCAGGAUUUUAUAAGGGCCCAGCCGGCUCCCAGGUGACCCUGAGCAGCCUGGGAAACCAGACGCGUGUGCUGCUGGAGGAGCAGGCUCGGCACCUGCUGAACGAGCAGGAGCGUGCCACCAUGGCCUACUACCUGGACGAGUACCGCAGCGGCGGAGUCUCUGUGGAGGCCCUUGUCAUGGCCCUGUUUGAGCUGCUCAACACCCACGCCAAGUUCUCGCUCCUGUCCGAGGUGAGAAGCAUCAUUUCCCCGCAAGACCUGGACCGCUUUGACCACCUGGUGCUGAGGCGGGAGAUCGAGUCCAUGAAGGCACGACAGCCCCCAGGCCCUGGGGCGGGGGACACCUACUCCAUGGUGUCCUACAGCGACACGGGCUCGUCCACGGGCAGCCACGGCACCUCCACCACUGUCAGCUCAGCCAGGAACACUCUGGAUCUGGAAGAAACUGGUGAGGCUGUCCAGGGCAAUGUCAACACCCUCCCAGAUGUGUCCGUGGAUGAUGUCAAAUCCACCUCUGAGGGGCUGCGUAGCUUCCAGCCACCACCUCCACCACCACCUCUGGCCCAAGGCCACGACUGCCCACUUGGCCAGCCGAGGAAGCCAGGGAGAGAGGACCUCCAGCCACCUUCCUCUGCGUCUUCCCACUCAGGCAUCGUCUUCUCGGCUCUACGGAACCGCAGCCCGCCGGUGGGCACCGCACCCACUCCAGGGACUUCCUCCGCACAGGACUCGCCCCCCUCCCCCAUCUACGCCUCUGUCUCCCCUGCCAACCCUGGCUCCAAGAGGCCACUGGACACCCAUCUGGCCCUGGUCAACCAGCACCCCAUUGGCCCUUUCCCUCGGGUUCAGUCACCCCCACACCUGAAAAGCCCCCCUGCAGAGGCCCCAGUGGCCGGGGGCUGCCUUCCGCCACCCUCAUCCUCCAGCCAUCCAGAGCAGACAGGCACAAACCAGCACUUUGUCAUGGUGGAGGUGCACCGCCCCGACAGCGAGCCAGAUGUGAACGAAGUGAGGGCGCUGCCCCAGACGCGCACAGCCUCCACGCUCUCCCAGCUCUCAGACAGUGGGCAGACUCUAAGUGAGGACAGUGGUGUGGACGCCGGAGAGGCAGAGGCCAGCGCCCCAGGCCAAGGCAGACAGACGGCAUCCACCAAGAGCAGGAAUAGCAAGGAGCUGCCUCGGAGUGAGAGGCCCACAGAGGGGACCCACAAACCGCCUGGACUCUUGGAGCCCAUGUCCACCCUCGUCCGUGUGAAGAAAAGUGCGGCCACCCUGGGCAUCGCCAUCGAAGGUGGCGCCAACACCCGCCAGCCCCUGCCAAGGAUUGUCACAAUUCAGCGAGGCGGCUCGGCCCACAACUGUGGGCAGCUCAAGGUGGGCCACGUGAUCCUGGAAGUAAAUGGGCUGACACUUCGGGGCAAGGAGCAUCGGGAGGCUGCCCGCAUCAUCGCUGAGGCCUUCAAGACCAAGGACCGUGACUACAUUGACUUUCUGGUCACUGAGUUCAAUGUGAUGCUCUAG